UCAAAAAAUUUAGGGAUCGAUCAACCUAAAUUCUCUCCAUUUCCAUUAUCGGUUCCAAAUUUGUUUUGAGUACAAAGAAAAGAAAAUCGAAUUGCGAAAUGAAUAUCUUCAGAUUUGCAGGUGACAUGACCCAUUUGAUUAGCAUCUUAGUGCUUCUCCUCAAAAUCUACGUUACCAAAUCUUGCUCGGGUGUUUCGCUGAAGACGCAGGAGCUAUAUGCUCUGGUGUUUUUGACCCGCUACUUGGAUCUAUUCACGGUUUUUAUAUCUGUGUACAACACCAUCAUGAAGCUGGUCUUUAUUGCCAGCUCUCUCGCCAUUGUUUGGUGUAUGAGAAUGCACCGAGUCGUGAGGCGUUCCUAUGACAGGGAUCUCGAUACCUUCCGUCAUUACUUCCUCAUAUUGGCUAGCUUCAUCUUGGCUCUUUUGGUACAUGAGAAGUUCACAGUUCAGGAGAUCUUCUGGGCAUUUUCAAUCUACUUGGAGGCUCUUGCCAUUCUUCCACAGUUAGUUUUGUUACGACGAAGUGGAAAUGUGGAUAAUUUAACUGGGCAAUAUGUCUUCUUUAUAGGGUAUAGUAGAAAAUAUUUGUAAAUCUCCUGUCUGAUUCAUGCUGUUUCAUUAAUGAUGUGAGAGAAACUAUUAGGUUACUUAGAGAACUUUCUUAUAUCAACAGCUGGUUCCAUAUUUGCAUGUUCAUUCCUUAAUCUGUGACCCCAAACCUUGCUGCUUCCCCCGUCCUAUGUUGUUAUUGUUGGUUUCUGUAUACCUUGUUGAAUGACACUGACAUAUUACCUUAAACAUUCUAGUUGCAUGUACAAUAUGUAUUUCCAGUAGAUGAACUGUUUACUGUUCCUGUAUCGUAUUAGACAAGAAAUAGUUUCCAUGCACGUACACGGAUGUUUUAGAGUUGAAUAUCCAUUUAAAGUUGCUCAAG